AUGAUUGAUACGGACAAUCUUCGAACCGCCUCGCUGUACAUCAACAACCAGCUGCUUUCGAGAGGUCUGAUCAGAGAUGGCCAUGACAUUAAUUUUGCAGACUUUGGAGAGAGGGGACUUGGACAUCCUCGCAAUGCAAGCCGCGUCAUCGGCCUAUUGAACGAUCUGAUCCUUCGACGGGAUCGCGACGCAGAGCAACGCGAAUCCUUCUCGGCAACGGUUAUCAAUCUUCGAGCAGAGAACUUGAAAAACACAAACGACAUUGCCCGAUUAAAAGAGAAAUGUGCCGAGGCACAGCGAAAGAGCGACAUCGCAGCGACGUCCGAGGCGAAACUUCAGACGCAGCUCAAGUCGGCCGAGUCUGUCGUGAAAGGACUUAAAGACGAACUAGCAAAGACGAAAGGAUUAGUCGCUCAGGUGCGAGCAUCAUGCGCAACCGAGAUACGGCGGCGCGAUCGCCAAAUCGAGACCCUCAAGAAGCAGGUUGGCGAGGCGGGCCGUGCCAGAGGGACAAGGUCUGGCUCUGGAAUCGUGUCAAUUACUGUAACGGGAGAGGUGAAUAAUGAAGAGAGGAAAUCACCCUUGGGUGGCAGAAACCUUGAGGACAAAGAUUACUCCUUGCGCAGCGAGACGAAUACUUUUCUGGCGAGUCUGGCACAAAAUCUGAGUGAGGAAAAUGAAGUCCUCUUGGGAGUAGUGCGGCAAGCGAAGGACCAAUUGCAGGAAAUGAGUGGAUGGACCGGAGAAGGGAAAGAGGGCUCUGAAGUGGUCAAGCCUCAAGGCUGGGAGGAGAUUGCAGCAGAGCUGGGUGCUGUGAUGAACCACAUGAGAAACAUCCUGACGAAUCCGUCGUUUGUACCAAUCGAAGAAGUCGUGAUGCGAGAGCAACAGAUCGACCAACUCAAAGAGGCCGUGAUCAAAAUGGAGAGCCGAUGGGAAGAUACUGUCCAACUGAUGGAUGGCUGGCGGAAGAGAAUGGCGACAAGCGGCAAGCCCAUUGGAGAGGAGGAUAUUAUGAUGGGGUUGCACUUGAGCCCAGUUCGUGUCUCUGGUGUCGAGGAAACGAGAUAUGCUCGCGAGCCUGUCCUACCAGCCGUUGAAGAGGAGGAAGAGCCCGAGGAAGAUUUAUAUGGAUAUACUGAUGACGAGUUCAGUGGCUUCUCUGGCGACGGCAAUGACGGCGAAGAAAACGGGGACAAUGAUAACGAUAAUGACGAUAACGGCGACGACGACGAUGUGGUAGCUAUGGAAUGUGACACUGAAGAGCCGAAUGACCACAGAACGGAGACAGAAGAGGCCGCGAUGGCAACCGACGAUAUGGGGCAAUCUAUGGAGUUGGAGUCGCAAUCUGAGCAGUCUCAGACACGCCCUCUUCAGAAUUCUUCCUCGGCUGGCAACCGUGGCCCUCAGCAGAAUACACUCCGGCAGAAGCUUACUUACACUGCCUCCGCCGUAAGGGGGCUACAACAGCCAGAUGCAGCAGCCAACACCGAUACCGCCAAGCAGACAUUUGACCGGGUUACCGGAUCUCUUGCUGCCCAACGGCAGCUACCUGUUCCUACAAAGGCUGCCAAACCCGCAGAGGAAACCCGUAUGGGUUCUACGACAUCUCUGGACGAAGCUCUACUGGGAAAUAAUGAAAAGGAGACUAGCAAGAGAGAGGACAGCCGUUCCGAAGAGCAUGCUCCUUCGAGAAGCGGACUCGCCGUUGGUACUGCUUCAAGAACGGGACAUCUACGCUCAAUACCACGCCGUGUGCCCGUUCGUUUACCACAUCCGCGACUACAUGGCGCGAGGCCUCAACCUCCAUCUCCAUCUAAGACUGCCAUUGCUGCCAAGCUCGCUGCUGCAGAAAAACAAGCUGAUGCUGCCCGCGCCCGUGCAAAGCUCAGGGCUCUCCACAAUACGGAAGGUGUCCAACAGCCUACCGUGGCCUCUGCUGAAGGAUCGGCGAGGUCGGCACCGACGAGGAUGGGCGCUCCAGCGGUUGAUAGCGCGAGAGGCUUGAGUCCGGCAAAGAGAGAAGUUGCGCAGCCAGAAGCACAGCAGCCGGAGAAACGCAAGAGGGACAGAAGGGUGGCCAAGGUUACGUCGAGGCGGAGGAGCACACUUAGUCCUUUUGAGCUGCAGAGUUUGAUAUCCGGUAAUGUUGAGUGA